AUGCAGCGCGUCCUUGGCGAGACGUCGCCGUACUGCCAAAUCGAUGGCAACGUGCUCACGGAGCACUUCAAGAAAGUAUAUGCUAAAUCUGACUUUUCUGUUUCAGAUGCACCAGCUGCUGUCCCGGACUUUGCCGCCACCACGCCUCCUGAUGUCAGCGAGGAGGUCCUGCCGCCGAUCACCCCCUCAGAGGUGCAACAGCGGCUCCAGAAGGCGAGCAAUACUGCUCCUGGGUCAGACGGAGUCACCUACUCGGACUUGCGACGUGAGGAUCCUGGCUGCCACGUGCUAGCUAAGAUCUUCUCGCGCUGCUGGAAUGAGCGGAAGACUCAGGUGCAGUGGAAAAUAUCCACUACCGUCCUCAUCCACAAGAAAGGGGACGUCUCGGACGUGACAAACUGGCGGCCUUUAGCAUUGAGCUCUACCAUCUCUAAGCUCUUUGCUGCAAUCGUUGCGGACCGCACUUCUCUCUGGGCAGAGCGUUAG